AUGUCCGAGAUACCUCAGGAGAAACCAUUGACUGAACAGGAAAAGAGAAGAAUACUAAGGGAGCGAAGACAGGCAAAAAUGGCCCAGGGUAAGGCUACCGAUAGACUAAACAAUAUUCUAAAUCAAGGUACUUCGGUCAAUGAGUCAUCUGUCACAUCAGUUUUAGAUCAGAAAUCGAAACCUGAUGCUACUGCUGAUGCUACUGCUGUUGCUGCUGCUGUUGCUGCUGCUGAGUCGGGAGCAUUGGCUCCUAAUCAGCAUGAUAACGAUCCAGAGGUACAAGAUAUUGAAGAGAUCACAGCAAAUGACAUUCCCACUAUUGGAGGAAGUAACUCACAACCUAAUCUUGAUGAGAUGUUCAACAAGAUUUUACAACAACAAGGACAGCACCUGCACGCCGGCCAUGAUGGUGAAAACAACCCAAUGGCGGAGAUCCUUAAGAUGUUUAGUGGUAUGGGCGAUGAAUCAGGAACAAUUCCUUCUUCAGCAGACUCUCCAUUCGAAAUGAAUCCAGAACAAAUGAAGUACCAGCAUGAGACUAGCAAGUAUAACUCAUACCAGGAAAAGUUGUGGCGUUUUAGGUUUCUUGUGGUUAGAGUGAUUUUGACAUUGACAAAUUUUCUUUAUCACUUUGUCAAAAUUCCCUCAUUCACAGCAUCUAAUCAUCAAUAUGUUCGAGAUUUGAGUAUUGUAUAUCCUUUGAAUGGAUUUAUUACCUGGUUUUUCACAAUUGAAGUGCUCCUUAUUGCUACUUAUUACAUGGUAUUUACAAAACUAGGUCUAUUCCACACAUUGAAUCAAAAGAGUUUAAUCAUGAAGGGAAUAAGCACCUUAUCUAUGUUCGUGCCGAAAUUGCAACUCUAUCAACCUUUAGUAGCUAGAUUAUUAGGAUACAGAGAAUUGUUAGGGAUAUUAGUUGGCGACUUAUCGUUGGUAAUUGUUUUAUUCGGAUUGCUCAGUUUUUCGAGAUAA